AUGGAGGGAGUAGGUGUGGUUAGUCAAUGGUCUCACUGUGUCGCUCCGGCGGCGUCGAGGAAGACGACGGCGGCGAGAAAUUCGAUGAAUCGAAGCUCUUAUAGCUCUCUCUCUACGGUUAACUUACGGGCUGAUCUGGCUGCUUUUCGUCCGCAGUUCCGUCUUUUCUCUCGCCAUUCCCGAUGUCUUCGCGCUUCCAACUCCGCCGAAUCGGGCAUCUUCCUCCCACACCUCGUCGCUUCUUUGGAACAAGUUGAGGAGACUUACAUUAUGGUGAAACCCGAUGGUGUACAACGAGGCCUUGUUGGAGAAAUCAUCUCAAGGUUUGAGAAAAAGGGAUUUAAGUUGAUUGGACUUAAGAUGUUCAACUGCCCACGAGAAUUGGCUGAGGAACAUUACAAGGAUCUUAGUGCAAAGUCAUUCUUUCCUAAACUAAUUGAGUACAUCACUUCGGGACCAGUUGUGUGUAUGGCUUGGGAAGGUGUUGGUGUUGUUGCUUCUGCGAGGAAGCUGAUAGGAAAAACUGAUCCUCUUCAAGCUGAACCUGGUACCAUAAGAGGAGAUUUUGCUGUUCAAACCGGAAGGAACAUUAUACAUGGUAGCGACAGUCCUGAAAACGGAAAGCGUGAGCUUGCUUUAUGGUUCAAAGAAGGAGAUCUAUGCGAGUGGGAUUCGGCUUUGGCUCCAUGGCUAAGAGAGUGA